GAGCCAUUUCGCGGCUCGGGGAAAGAGAGUAGUGGGAGAGGCGGCCGGGCUGGGUUGGGUUGUGGCGAGGGUUCGAUCGGGUGGGGGGAGAGCAUCGCGGAUAAUGGACCGGCAUCCAAGUUGGACGGUGGAUAACGUAAGGUAAGCCCGCCUGCGGAACCCCUCCUCUAGGGUUUAUGUCGUCUCGUCGGCUGGCUCUCUCUCUCUCUCUCUGUCUCGGUGACGUAUCCUUCCUUUUCGUUUAGUUUCGUUUGUAGAAACAUUGGUUGAUUGCCUUAGAUAGAUGUUUGGGAGUGGUACAAGGUUAUUGGUUUCCUGUGCUAGAACAGUGCUCAAAGCGGUUGACCGCGCUCCAUUUGUUCGGCUGAAUUCCGGUUUUGCCGCCGCUGCCCGGUUGAGUCCCUACUUUUCCGACUACUCAAUCUCUGAAGACGAUGAAGUAAAAUCCACUGCUGUAUGCACCCACACUGACAGUAUCACUAAUAAUUCGAGCAAGGUUAUCGACGCUUUGAACGGUUUGAGAGAAGAACCGAAUCUAGCUUUCUCAUUCUUCCGCCAGCUCAAGGAACAAGGUUUCCAGCACGAUGUCGGCACUUACCUGGCCAUUAUUAGGAUUCUAUGUCACAGGUGCAUGGAUAGGAGGUUGGAUGCUGUCUUGCUGGAGGUUAUUCAACAAUCCAAAGAGGAAAGUUUCGGCUUUGGAAUUUCAGAUUUAUCUGAUGCAAUAGUGGACAGCCUUCUUGACGAGGCCAGGGGAUCCGAUUCAUUGGUUCGGGCGUUUGAUGCAUUAGUGAAGGCUUAUGUUAGCAUCAGCAUGUUUGAUGAAGCCAUUGACACUCUGUUUAAAAUCAGAAGGCGUGGUUUUAUGCCCCAUAUAUUGGCUUGUAAUUUUCUCAUCAAUCGAUUGAUUGAGAGUGGAAAACUUGAUGCGGCUGUGGCUGUUUUCCACCAAUUCAAGAGGCUUGGUUUGAGCCCAAAUGUCUACACCUAUGGUAUUGUCAUCAAGGCACUUUGCAGGAAAGGUAAUUUGGAAGAUGUCGUUGACAUUUUUCAGGAGAUGGAGGAAGCUGGCGUGCCCCCAAAUGCCUUUACAUAUGCAACCUAUAUCCAUGGGCUUUGUUCGCAUGGGAGGUCAGACCUUGGGUAUGAAGUGCUUCAAGCAUGGAGGGGGGCUGGACUUCCAAUUGAUUUGUUCUCUUAUACUGUUGUCAUCCGCGGGUUUGUUCAAGAGAAGAAAUUAAACAAAGCUGAGUGUGUCCUUCUAGAUAUGAAUGAACAUGGAGUGGUUCCUGAUUCCUACUGCUAUGGUGCCUUAAUUGAAGGAUACUGCAAGAGUGGGGAUAUACUUAAAGCUUUGUCUCUUCAUAAUGAAAUGGCAUUAAAGGGUCUCAAAACCAAUUGUGUGAUUAUUAGCUCGAUCCUUCAGUGCUUGUGUCAAAUGGGUAUGGCUUCCGAGGCUGUAGACCAAUUCAACAACUUUAAGGAUUUAGGCAUAUUUCUAGAUGAGGUAUCAUACAAUAUUGUCAUUGAUGCUUGCUGCAAACUGGGGAAGUUAGAACAAGCAGUGAGGUUUUUUGAUGAGAUGAAGAGUAAGAAGAUGGUUAUGGAUGUUGUGCACUACACAACUUUAAUGGCCGGCUACCUUAUUCAGGGAGGCCUUGUUGAUGCCUUGAAUCUAUUUGAGGAAAUGAAGGGGAAAGGUCUUAAACCUGAUAUAGUUACUUACAAUGUACUAGCUGGUGGAUUUUCUAGAAAGGGCCUUGCACAAGAGGUGUUAAACCUCUUGGAUAAUAUGGAGGCACAGGGUUUGAGAGCCACCAGCACUACACAUAAUGUUAUUAUUGAAGGCUUAUGCAUGGGAGGGAAGGUGAAAGAAGCCGAAAAUUUUCUUGGUAGUUUGGAAAACAAGUCUCUAGAUAAUUAUGCAGCCUUGUUUAACGGCUACUGUGAAGUUGGCUGUACAAGGGCGGCUUAUGAACUUUUUGGUAAAUUGUCUAAGCAAGGAGUUUUGGUGAAAGGGAGUUCAUGCUUAAAACUUCUCAUUAAUCUUUGCAUGAAAGGUGAACAUGACAACACACUUGUCCUAUUUGAGGCGAUGCUGGCAUCAGAUACUUCCCUUAAUAAAAUAAUGUGCUGCAAACUUAUAGCUGCUUUCUGUAGCUCUGGAGAUAUGGGAAAGGCGCAAUUGGUGUUUGAUAAAAUGGUUGAGAAAGGGUUAACUCCUGAUGUCAUUACCUACACAAUUAUGAUAAAUGGAUAUUGCAGGGUGAACUGCCUGCAUCAAGCCUGUGAGCUCUUCAAGGAUAUGAAGGGGAGGGGUAUUAAACCUGAUGUUGUCACAUACACAGUUCUGUUAGAUGGGCAUGCAAAAAUAAAAAGGAAAAGGGCCAGUGUCCUUUCUAAUGCAGGAGGUAAUAGUAGAGGGCCAAAUGAUAUUUCCACCAUUUCAAGUGAAAUGAAAGAUAUGGAACUAAAACCUGAUAUUAUUUGUUAUACUGUAUUGAUUGACAAUGCUUGCAAAACAGACAACCUUCAAGAUGCUAUUGCCCUUUUUGAUGAAAUGAUUAAUAGAGGUCUAGAACCUGAUACUGUGACGUACACGGCUCUCUUAUGUGGCUAUUGUAGUAAGGCAAACGUCAGUAAAGCUGUAAACCUUGUUAAUGAGAUGUCAUUUAGGGGGAUUCAGCCGGAUGUCCAUACCAUGUCAGUGUUGUAUCGUGGGCUUCUAAGGGCAAAGAAGAUACAGUUUUUGCAUUAAGAAGUCAGGUUCAGUGUUGCUAGGUAAACUGGAACCAUGUGAAAUGUGGAACUAUGUUAAAAAAGCCAAGGAGGUUCAGCUUUGGCAUUAAGGACUCAGGUCUGAGAGGAGCAGAAUUGUGUCAGACAGUUGGCACUUGGUUGUUGCUGGAGCCAUCCAAUGGUUACCCAAAAGCACACUGUCCAAGUUUAUAAACAAGGAUGUUGAUGGCGGUAUUACAGCUUUUCAUAUGGCUGCAUUGAACGGUCAUUUUGAUCAUGUGUAACUCUUGAUUGAUCUCAAUGCAAAUGUCACGUCUGUGACAUUUCAUCAUGAGACAUCAACGGAUAUGAUUGGAGCUGGAAGCACCCCUUGGCAUCAUGCUGCUUGUGGGGGAAAUUUAAAAUGCUGUCAGGAUUUUAUGAAAGCAUUGAGCUUUUCACUUGAGCCUUUCAUUUUUCAUGAACGGGGUCUUAGGCUAUCUCCAACGCUUCGCCAUUAAGCUCGCCAAGCCAAAAAUUUAGAGAGCCAAGCCAAUUUCUUCACUCCAGCGCUGCUCACCUUCACCAAAUUGAUAGCGAGCAGCCAAAACCUCACCAGAUUUGGCUUCACGUUUGAUCAAGCCCCGCCAUCUCUCCCAUCUCAACAAUCGAUUUGUCGUCAGAAGAGACCCACAGAGCGUCUAGGAGGUCGGAGACGAUGAUCGGCAAUGACAACGACCAACAUCUGUAAUGGUGUUGGAUGGGGAAACAGCCAACGACAAGCAGACCAAGUGGCGACAACUAGGAGAUCCAACGGCGACGAUGACCAGCAUUUGCAAUGAUGUCGGAAGGGAAAUAGGUAAUGAUUAACAUCUGAGUUUGUGUAUGUAUAUGAGUUUGAGAAAAUUUGUAUUGAUUUGUGUAUUUGAUGAGUGAUAUUGAAAAUUUGUAUAUUUGAUUAUUGAUUUUGUGUAUGUGAGUAUUUGAUUAUUUUGUGUA